ACUAUUUGUUGUGGCUCUAGUUGGUUUUUUGAAACAUUCCAUAACAGACUGUGGUCAAGGAAAGUUGUUUUCAAGUUAUAAAUCUUUGUGCUACAAUACACAAUUUAUAUUUUUUUGAAGUGACAAGUGAAAAACAAAAUCAAAUCAAAAUGUUCGAUUUUAAUUUAGAAUUCGCUCGUGGUGGUGCUCAAUUUACUGUGGAACUUUUCAAAAAGUUGGCUGCUGGUGGUGUUAAAGAAAAUAUCGUGUUUUCUCCAUUUUCUAUACAGACCUGUUUAGCUUUGGCUUUUGCCGGUGCCGAAGGAGAAACCGCCGAUGAAAUUGCCACCGCCAUGAAGUAUGUCUCAAACUUCCCCCCAGAAGUGGCUGAAACCUUCCAAUUUGUUUUGGAAAAGUACAAGAAUAGUGAGCUGUUGAAAAUCGCCAACAAGAUUUACGUACAAGAGGGCAAAAGUCUCAAGGUCGAAUAUGCUACUGCCACCAAAGAAAACUAUCAUGCCGAAGCAGAGGAAAUAAAUUUCGGCGAAAGUGAGGCAGCUGCCCAAGCUGUUAAUUCCUGGGUGGAAGAUCAAACAGCGGGCAAAAUUACAAAUCUCGUAGAGCCCGGUUGUUUUAAUGCCCUCACUCGUUUGAUACUCUUGAAUGCAAUGCACUUCAAGGGCGAUUGGGAAAAGAAAUUCGAUGAAGCUCACACAGAAGAAGAUGAUUUUUGGAUUGCCGAAGAACAAUCGGUUAAGGUUAACUAUAUGAAUCAAAAGGCCAAAUUUGGUUACGGCUUCUUUGAGGAAUUGAAUUGUCAAGCCUUGGAAAUGCCCUACAAAGACUCCGAUUUAAGUAUGUUCGUUUUGUUGCCCAACGAACGUGAGGGUUUAAAAGAUUUGGCCGAAAAAUUGCAAGGCAUUAAUUUGGUUGAUUUGGCUGACAAAAUGAAUACCGAAGAGGUUGUGGUGAAAUUCCCCAAAUUCAAAGUGGACUAUAGUGUGGAAUUGUGCAAGGUUUUGAAAGAGUUUGGCAUUACUAAAGCUUUUAACAACGAGGCCAAUUUCAGCAAUAUGUUAGAAUCUGCCGAAGAUCUUUACGUAUCUAAUGUUUUCCACAAGGCCUGCAUUGAGGUCAAUGAGGAGGGUUGUGAGGCAGCUGCUGCCACUAGCAUGAUUAUGAUGACCAGAAUGAUGAUGUUACCUUUACAAUUCCAAGCCGAUCGUCCUUUCUUGUAUAUGAUUUGGAACAAGAAGAACAUAUUGUUUGCUGGUGCCUUUGUUAAUGCUCCCCAAUAAAAUGUGUAGUUGAGAGAGUAGUAUAUUAUGCAUUUCCUAAAAAUAAUGAGUCCAUGACACGAUUUUCAAUAUAGUAUUAUAUAUUCAGGAUUUAUCCUAUAAGAAUUUUUUAAACUUGCUUUAAAAAUUAUUGUUAAAUUUUACUUUUUUACUUACAUUUUUAUUUUUUAAUUUAAUUAUUAUUUUUUUUUAAUAAAAACAAAUUUAUGAAGAAAA